AACAGCCUGGGAGAACGUAUCAUGCGAAGGAGAGGGGCUGUGCUGAACAGUGUGGGACCUUCAGGCGCUUGGUGUUUGGCUUGUCUUCAUAGGUGCUGUGACCAUGGCAUCCCAAGGCCAGGUCAUUUUUUGGAGCAUGACUACAGUCAUCAUCAUCCUGGCUGUGGUGAUUGCCCUGAUCAUCGGGUUUGGUGUCUCAGGAAAACGCUCCAUCAGUGUGACAGCACUGACGUCUUCGGGGAACAUCGGCCAGCGCGGUGUUCUAGGCUGCACUUUUGAGCCUGACAUCUGGAUGGGCAGCAUAGAGAUCCGGUGGGCCAAGGCAGGAGUAGCCGGGCUGGUGCACGAGUUUAAAGGUGGGAAAGACCACCUGCAAGAGCAAGACGCGUCGUUUCAGGGCCGCACGGCGGUGUUCGUGGACCAGGUGAUUGGUGGCAAUGCUUCCCUGGAGCUGAGGGACGUGCAGCUCUCCGACGCCGGCACCUACCGGUGCUCCGUCACCACGGCCAGAGGGAGCGGGGCAGCAGUGCUGCAGUACAGGACGGGAGCCUUCAGCACCCCCAAGGUCCAGGUGGAGAACAGCAGCAGCGGGGACACCUUGCAGUGCGAAGCGCCGCGCUGGUUCCCCCGACCCACCGUGCGCUGGACGGCCUACAGCGACGCCGGGGAGAACCUGCCUCACGUCGCCAACACCAGCUACGAGCUGAACGCUGAAAACAUCACCCUGAGAGUGGUUUCCUUCCUGCACAACAUCACCGCUAACGCCACCUACACCUGCGUGAUUGAAAACAACAUUGCCAAGGCUACAGGCAACAUCAAAGUGACAGAUUUCAGCAUUACAAGGGGGACCAACUUGCAGCUGGUGAACCUGAACGCAGAGUCGGUGUCCUCCUCCCUUCCAGCCUGUCACUGGAUGCUUCUGCUUCUCCUGUAUGUGCUGUCGAUAUAAAGCCUCUAUAGAGCAAUCAGAAACACUGCUGGACCUGGAGAAUGGUACUACAGCUACCCUGACGGCAGGACACACCUCAUGCUUUCCUCCCUCGUGGGCUGAGAACUUUAUGAGUUUCCAGUUUCAGAGCCCGUAGUGGCACAAAGACGAAGGUAGCUGAUCUCUCUCUUGCCUUGUUAUUUCUCACCCAUGCCAACAACAGGAUCCUUUGUUUGGCUUCAGAAAGAGAGCGAGGAAUGCGAUAAGGAGAUUUGCGUAAAUAAAGGAAAAACUCUGA